GGGGCCGCUGAGCUCGACGUUUAAGGCGAGUGCUGUGUCCGAGGUUACUGUCAGCAAGUGAUGGACGAGAAGACAGCUGUUAAUUGAACUCGUGUUACAUUAAGCGAGUGGCACAUGUAAAUACAAGGCGCUGUUGAACCAGAGAUCGUACGCGAGAAUAGACAUUUCUGGACAUCGGUGGAAAUCGAACCUUUGGCUUAGUGGCGAGCACACACAGUCCACUACGGGAUAAUCAACCAAGCCUACUUAACAGUGGAUGGCUGCUGCCCGGCCACGAGGUAAAAGGAAAGCUGUUGUGUUGGAGAUGAUCACUGCAAACUCCAUGGUGCGGAGUUCAGGACGGCAGAUAAAAAAGAAGGUGCCAGGAGGACUGGAACCCGAGGAGGAUGACGAGAAACGCUACCGCAAGUGCGAGAAGGUCGGCUGCAUGGUCACCGUGCCGGUGUGCUUCGUGAGCGCGAGCGAGCGGUGUGCGAAGAACGGUUACACGUCACGCUGGUAUCACCUGUCAUGCGGGGAGCAUUUCUGCAACGAGUGCUUCGACCACCACUACCGAAGUCACAAGGAUGGCUACGGGCGCUACGCGAGCUGGAAGCGAGUGUGGACCAUGAAUGGGAAGAGCGAACCAAGCAUCAAGGCCUUCAUGGCUGAUCAACAGCUGCCCUACUGGGUGCAGUGCACUAAGCCGGGCUGUGGCAAGUGGAGGCAGCUCACACGAGAGGUGAUGCUUACGACCGAGCUCGCCCAGACGUACUGCUGCGGCAUGAAAGUAAAUUCCGCUAUUAAGAAUGAAGGUUUUGAUCCAUGCGCCCUGCCAGAAGACUCGAGGGUGGUAGAGGUGAGCGAACCGCGCUGGUUUGCAAUGCUGCUGCUGCCCCCGCUGUUGAAGGACAGUCCCGCCGCUCCCUUCCUCUCGGCCUACUACCUGGACUGCGUAGGCAUGAGCCCGGCAUGCGCCGGCACGGAGCGCUCGGUGCCACGAUUUACCAGCCUCGAGAACUACUCGCAUGCCGUGCCACACACCACAGUGCCUGGCCUGAACCCAUACUUCCAGCCCUUCUACCAGCCCAACGAGAGCGGCAAGGCCCUGUGCGUGCGGCCAGAUGUCAUGGAGCUGGAUGAGCUGUAUGAAUUCCCCGAGUUUUCACGUGACCCCACCAUGUACCUGGCACUGCGCAACCUCAUCCUGGCGCUGUGGAACAUCAACUGCAAGGAAUUCCUGACGGUGCAGAAGUGCAUGCAGCACCUGCUGGUACGGGGCCUGAUUCGUGUGCGCUGCAUGCAGGAGCUGGAGGGCAUCCUUCACUUCGCCAUGCGCAAGGGCCUCAUCAACACCGGGUUGCUCUCUGCACACCCGGGACGCCCGCUCUUACCGUUACACUACCGCAAGAAUUCCGUGGUGGUUAUAGGAGCCGGUCCGGCAGGCCUUGCCGCUGCUCGGCAGCUUCAUAACUUUGGCCUCAAGGUGAUUGUGCUUGAGGCCCGAGAGAGGAUAGGGGGGCGCGUGUGGGACGACCGCUCGCUGGGGGGCACUACCGUCGGACGGGGGGCCCAGAUUGUCAACGGCUGUGUCAAUAACCCGAUCAGCCUCAUGUGUGAACAGCUGGGCAUUCGCAUGCACGUUCUGGGCGAGGCGUGCGAGCUGCUGGACGAGAGCGGCCGCGUCACCGACCCAGCGCUGGACAAGCGCAUGGACUUCCACUUUAACGCUCUCCUCGACAUCAUCGCACAGUGGCGCACCACCACGGAGCCCGCUCACGACGUCUCCCUGGGAGAAAAGAUGGAGGAGCUGACUCACGCAUUCCGAAAGGAGUCGGGGCUCUCGUUUGGGGAGCUUGAAGAGAAGCUGCUGCAGUUCCACCUGGCUAACCUGGAGUACGCAUGCGGAGCCAACCUACGCCAGGUAUCCGCACGCUCUUGGGACCACAAUGAGUUCUUUGCUCAGUUUGCCGGAGACCACACCUUGUUGACGGCCGGGUACUCGACCAUCCUACACCGCUUGGCCGAGGGCCUGGACGUUCGGCUACACACCCCCGUAAAACGAGUGGACUACUCGGGGGAAUGUGUGAAGGUGCAUACAGCUACAGGGAUGACCUACAUUGCUGAUAAGGUACUGGUGACAAUCCCACUGGCGCUCAUGCAGCUGGGAGUGCUGGAGUUUUGUCCCCCACUUCCUGAGCGCAAGAUCAAGGCCCUGCAGAGUCUGGGCGCCGGGCUCAUCGAGAAGAUCGGGCUGCAGUUCCCGUUCCGUUUCUGGGAGCACAAGAUCCGCGGAGCCGACUAUUUUGGACACCUUCCACCGAGCCAUGACCGUAGGGGUCUCUUUGGGGUCUUCUACGACAUGGAUCCCAAGGGAGAGCAGUGCGUGCUCAUGUCCGUUGUGAGCGGUGACUCGGUAGCGCUGAUCCGUGACCUCAGCGACUCCCAGGUGGUGUCUCAGUGCAUGCAGGCACUGCGGGCCAUCUUUCCUGAGCAGAACGUGCCCGACCCCCUGCGUUGGUUCGUAACGCGGUGGGGUUCUGACCCCUGGGCCCUCAUGGCCUACAGCUACGUACGGCCUGGCGGCACUGGCGAAGCCUAUGAUGUGCUGGCCCAGGACCUCAAUGGCAAGCUCUUCUUCGCUGGUGAGGCAACAAACAGGCACUUCCCGCAGACUGUCACAGGGGCCUACUUGAGCGGGGUGCGUGAAGCAAGCAAGAUCGCCGCCUCUUGACAGCAGUGCGGCAUGCUGGGGCACUGAUGCUCCAUAGAUUUUCCCAGUUCCCUGCAAUUCUGCUAUAUCUUGUCGGGAGUAAAAGACAUCGAUACAAGGUAUCCGGGUGCUCAUAACAGGGUCCUCAAAUAUAAACUGUCACCAAUGCAGAGAGAGAACCCCAAUCAUAACAACAGGUACAACUGCACUUAACUGCCAUCCUCGUCUCUUGAGUGUACGUCAGUCAACAACAACUUUGCAGCUCUCGGUCACCUGCACAGAUAGAGAGCGACACCUUGUGGCUUGUCAAAAGAGAUCAAUGGAUGAGAAUUAAUCCACGUCCCGAUAAUGCCACCUUCCAAGCUUGUUCCCCUGUGUACAUUAAUCUUGAAAAUAUAGUGAUAGUUUAUAUAUUUUAUACCCGACACUGGCAUCACAUUGGGAUGUAAUUCAUGGGAACGUGCUUUUUAAUAUACACGAAAUGCAUGGACACAUUUAAAAAAUCUGAUUUACACCUGUUACUUAAUAAACCGAGGUAUAUUAGUCCGUCUUUUUUUCUGGGGCAGGGUUAAUAUUUUGAACCCAGAAAGCAUGGACGUUUACAUGAAUUACCGAUUGUGUAUAUCACAAACUAUUUAUAUGGCAUCACCGUGCCUAAGAGGCACACACUGCAGUUUAAUCAACUGUAAACAUAAAUUAAUCGGCCCGGGCCACGAUGAACUGGGUUGAACCCUGUUGGGUCCGUGAUGCUUAAACGCACUCCUCGGAUGAAUUGGAACAUUGCCUACGCAUUGGUAGUCUGGCUGCAGCCGCUGAUGUGACUAAUGUACACUUACUAAAGCACUGACAUCCGUCUUGUGGAGUCUGGAAAACCUGGUAGUGCUGCUUCUUUUCAACGAUGAACUGACAGGGGAAUUACAGGUCUUGAUUUUAUUCCAAAUGUAACAUCAAACUAUUUGGAGCAGGAUUGAUCCUUAACCCGGGAAUGGAAAUUCGCACUGAUGCAGUCAUACUUGGCUAGGAUUCUCAAUAACUUAGGAAUGACUGCAGCACGGGGGGGAGGAUCUCACCCAUUUUGUAAAUAAACUUCUUCCCUCGCUGUCGUCUCGGUGUCCAGACGCGUCACCGCUUGCGCGAAAUUUUGGACUUAAAGCGGUUUGAACAAAUUGUAUGUUAAAUAUCAUGGGCAGAAAUGCAUCGGAGGGUGGGGGGGGUUUAAAUUUAUAUUUAAAAAAACAGUUCCCCGAGCAUACCAAACAUUUCUUGGCAAUUAUUAUUUGAGCAUUUGCCUCCCCUGUCCUACAGAUGGAAGGAAGGUUUUGCACCCUUCAACUCCCCAAGUGUUUCCUUUCAGGUUGCCCCCCCCUCGGGCUUGCUUCAUCCACCUUGAAAUGUGUGUUUUUUUUGGGAAGAGCUUUAGUUUUAAGUAUAAUUUAAUUUAAGAUGUAUUAUUGCUAUAUAAUGGGCGUUAUCUAACGGAGUUAUAAGCGAGUUAUUUAUUAUUGUUGUAAAUGAUAUCAUCAGCAGAGCAUAGUACUUUGCCUUACAGCAAUUGUAAUGCUUAAUUUAAGUACUUGCUUUGUUUUUAAACUAAAGGAAGCCAAAGUGUAAGAUGCAUCACUCCACUCAGUUGGGGAGACAGGACUCCGACCUGAAACUAGCCCAGGUUAUUGCAAUUCUGUACACACGAUGCAGGCUGAGCCACUCACAACAACAGCUGCAGUUCACCACUAAGUGGCGGUGAUGUCACUACUGCGCUUGUACCAUGCUAGGUGCAUUUUGAGGCCACGUGAAGUAUUGAAGGCUCACUGGCAGGAGGUCACGGAACAGACCCAGGUGCCGUGGGUUGAUUGGGAUGACUGGGCACGUGCAUCAUUGUGUGCUUCCCACUGUGCCAGCUUGCUGCAUUUUAGCCGCCCGGUGCUCCGCUUGUUGUUGAGAGCGUCUCGAUACUACACAAAGAGAAAGUCCCCUUAUCGCCUUGUCAGACUGUUGGGGCAAGUACUGGAACGGUAAACGCGCAAAUGUGGCCAGCACCACGGCCAACCGCCAUUGUGAGCGGGAAUCGAACUCGGGUCGCCGGGUUCGUAGCGCAGCGCGCUAACCGGGAUACUACCGCUCCAUACAUACUACGACUGCACGCACGCGCACCCGGUCUGGUUAAUGUCCGUGAACCUUAAUCGGUUCACCCUACAAAAAAGUGAUUCUCUUUCUGCACCAUCUCUCCUAUCAGUCACGAUUCACGCCCGUCUGCCUAUCAGUGCCCCUCUAUCGUAGCUUACCAGUAGAUUUGCAUAUGAUGAGCCUUGCGUGUAAAUUCUCAGACAACCACUGCUAGCACCAUGCUCAUUUAAAAUAAUUUACAGAUCCUCUUAAGUCGAGUGAUGGUCCUCAUUUGUUCAACCUCAUUUUAGGUGUACUGUGUACCUCGCAUAGGAAUGUUCUGGUUUUAACACGUCACAUCGUUAAAAUGUCCUUCUUUAUGUGACGGCGUAUACAAGAAGCACCUAAUUUGUUUUUAGUGAGACCUGGAAAGUAUGGUCCUGAAAUAAUAUGCGCGCACACACACACACAAAUAUAGCAGUUACACGUACCUCGUAUACAUGUUGACUGUAAGGCAUCUGCGUGACGUAUCGCAAGCUACCAUGGUGGUGGUUUGUGCUCAUUGUCUUCAAUUACAUCCAGGAGGCGACUAUUUGCCAUAGACGUUCUUUUUCCACGUAGGUGCGCACGCUGCUUUGAUAAUGAGUGGAACACUGUUAUCAUCCGAACAUUUAGCACUUUGAGCCUGCUCUGAGCAAGUCCUACAGCAUUGUGAAUUGCAAAACCACCUUUGUUCAAAGGAAAAGCAGUCUCUGUCAAGGUUUCAUUUCGUGCGGAUCACUCAACCUGACAGUUUGCGGUAAAUUAUUACAGUUUCUCACACGAUAGGUUUCUUCUUCCGCGAGUCGUGUGCUCGUUUGGUAGAGGAUUCAUGAAAAAGCACUUGCUUAUUUGUUUGAACCGCUUUGUAUUUUUAAUGAAUUUUAUAGUUGUGUAAAAUAGAUGUUUUUACAUAUCUUCACUGAUGAUGGACAUGCUGGAUUAUUUGUGUGUAUAUAUUUUAACGUAAUUUCCUGUAAAAACCACUCGCGGUUUAAUGAAUUGAACUGGACAGGGGGGGGGGGGGGUGCAUCAUAAUUGCGUUUUUUUUACAUCUCACAAAAAAACUCAUCAAAGUUAGAUCUCGGAUUUUUGCAUGUGCCUCGGGCUGCCUUGAGUUGUAGGGAUGUGUUACCUCCGAGCCUUAUUAGCUGCACACAAAUUCCACAUUUCCAAAAACGAUCGCUAGUUUCUUCUCACUUGUUAAGUGGGGAAAGUGAAUCUACAAGUAGUCAUUGAUCAACGUGAACUUCUGUGCGCAGCCUGUAAGAUGACUCCGGAGAUGCCACAAUCCCUGGCCUGUUGUUGGUAAUGAAAGCUGUGCGGAUAUGCAGUGAGCGAAUGACGAAUAUAAUUGGGAAUGUGUGAGCCGUGUUUGUUUGUUUUUAUUUAUGUUAUUUAAAUCUUGACUUAUUUUAACACGAGAGAAACUCAGAAUGAAUAUAUGGAUGAGAGUUAUAGAAGUGAGGUGCGGUCAGACCUGUGGAUAUUUAAGGUGCUCCUGGUGCUUUUGAUUUCAUAAGAGUUGUUAGCUCCAGUGUCCCUGCUAAAAUGUCAUUGCACGGCUCAUAAUUCAAUAAUAUUCAUCUUGGAUUUUAGCUAAAUUUCACCCAUAUGGUUAAUUUAUAAAAAUGCGCUGUUUCUGUGUCGGGAUUGCAUGAAAGUAAAACAAGAUGUAUGCGUCUCGGUGGAUAUGUCCAGUGUAAAUGUAUUUCAAAAUAAAUACCUUAACCGCAAAAUGAUUUAUUAAUAUAUAA